GCUGCGCUCUGCCCUGCGUCCAGAAGCAGCCACUCCUAGCUGGUUGCGCUCGGGGGUGGGCAGAGAGGAGCAGGUCCUCCUGCCGCCGGGGGCGCACAGCGGAUUGUAACGGGGGAGCGGAGGAGACGGAGCCGUGCAAGGGAAGCCCGCCCGUGACGAGCUGGCUGCUGUUGUGUGGCCAUGGCUGUAAAAGACCCCACAGCUGUAGAAAGAGCAAAUUUGCUGAACAUGGCUAAAUUGAGUAUCAAAGGACUGAUUGAAUCAGCUUUGAGCUUUGGCCGUACUCUGGAUUCUGACUAUCCACCUUUGCAACAGUUCUUUGUCGUUAUGGAGCACUGCCUUAAACAUGGUCUUAAAGUAAGAAAAUCUUUUCUAAGUUACAAUAAAACAAUCUGGGGCCCACUGGAACUUGUGGAGAAGUUGUACCCAGAAGCUGAGGAGAUAGCAGCUAGCGUCAGAGAUUUACCUGGCCUCAAAACACCGUUGGGCCGUGCCCGGGCUUGGUUACGAUUGGCAUUAAUGCAAAAAAAAAUGGCUGAUUAUCUACGCUGUUUAAUCAUUCAAAGAGAUCUCCUUAGUGAAUUUUAUGAAUAUCAUGCACUGAUGAUGGAAGAAGAAGGAGCAGUUAUUGUUGGGCUCUUGGUUGGGUUAAAUGUGAUAGAUGCUAACCUGUGCGUAAAGGGAGAAGACUUGGAUUCACAAGUUGGUGUGAUUGAUUUCUCUAUGUAUUUAAAGAAUGAAGAUGAUAUUGGGGGUAAAGAAAGAAAUGUCCAGAUUGCUGCAAUUUUGGACCAAAAGAAUUAUGUAGAGGAACUGAACAGACAACUAAAUAGCACAGUCAGCAGCCUUCAUACAAGAGUUGAUUCAUUAGAGAAGUCAAACACAAAACUAAUUGAAGAGUUAGCAAUAGCAAAAAACAAUAUAAUUAAACUUCAGGAAGAAAAUCAUCAGUUAAGAAGUGAAAACACACUUAUUUUAAUGAAAACACAGCAUCACCUAGAGGUAACCAAAGUGGAUGUUGAGGCAGAGCUUCAAACGUACAGACACUCCAGACAGGGUCUGGAUGAAAUGUACAAUGAAGCACGCAGACAACUUCGAGAAGAAUCACAAUUACGACAAGAUAUAGAGAAUGAGCUAAUGGUCCAAGUUAGUAUGAAACAUGAGAUAGAACUUGCAAUGAAGUUGUUGGAGAAAGACAUUCAUGAGAAACAAGAUACCCUCAUAGGCCUUCGACAACAGCUAGAUGAAGUUAAAGCAAUUAACAUAGAAAUGUACCAAAAGCUGCAGGUUUCUGAAGAUGCCAUGAAAGAAAAGAAUGAAAUAAUUGGUCGACUAGAGGAUAAGACCAAUCAGAUUACUGCAACUAUGAAACAAUUGGAACAAAGAUUGCAGCAAGCAGAGAAGUCUCAAGUGGAAGCUGAGAAUGAGGACAAGAAAUUCAAACAAGAAUGUAUGAGUAAAUCUGAAAACCUGCAGAAAGAAAUCUCUCACAAGGAGAAGCAGCUUGUUCAACUGGAAACAGAUUUGAAGAUAGAAAAGGAAUGGAGACAAACCCUGGAAGAUGAUCUGCAAAAGGAAAAAGAAACUUUAUCUCAUCUGAGAGUAGAGACCCAACAAAUAAUUUCCCUUAAAAAAGAAUUCCUUAAACUACAGGACAAAAAUAGGCAGUUGAAAAAGAUAUGUCAUGACCAAGAAGAAGCUCUCCAAGAACUGGCCUGCAAGCUUAGCGAAUCAAAGCUUAAAAUAGAAGAUAUAAAAGAAGCAAACAAAGCAUUACAGGGACAAGUUUGGCUGAAAGACAAAGAGGCUACACACUGCAAGUUAUGUGAAAAGGAAUUUUCUCUUUCCAAAAGGAAGCAUCAUUGUAGAAACUGUGGUGAAAUUUUCUGUAACGCCUGUUCUGACAACGAACUGCCUCUACCAUCCUCGCCAAAGCCUGUACGAGUCUGUGAUUCCUGCCAUGCAUUUCUUAUACAGAGAUGCUCUUCUAACAUGCCAUAAAAUUAUUCUACAAAAUAUUUAUAAACUAUUGCUAUUUAACAUAUUAUAUAAAAAGAUAUAAUGUAAAGUAUUAACAUGUAUAUUCCUGGAAUACAGGUAAGCGGUUUAGAUUUGGAUUUUCAAAACAUACCAAGGCCUGGUCUACUAUACAAAGUUAGGUUGAUGUAAGCCACCUUGUGUUCACCGAGUUGUGCAUGGGUCUAUACUUAGUCUCCUACUGAUGUAAGCGGCCUGUUAUGCUGACAUAGUAACAUCACCUUCCCAAGCAGUGUUGAGCCAUGGUCGAUGCAUCAUGAGUGUAGAUGCUGCGUUGCCCAUGUCAACUCUAACAGUCCUCCAGCAGCUGUCCCAUAAUGCCCAACAGUGACCGCUCUGGUUUGUUGUGUAGACAUGGCCUAAGGGAAUUAGGUAUCCAGCUCCUAUUGAAACUUAAUGAGAAAUGGGUGUCUAGCACCCUUGCGCUCCUUUACAGAUCCCAACCUUUAAUAUUUGAUUCUGUUUGUUGCACCCAACAGGCAGCAAAGGAAUUAAAGGUUUUAUAUAGUUUUAAUGGAGAGAGUAUUUCAUAUUGAAGUUUUUCUUCAACAGAGUUCAUGUAAUGGUAUUUAAAGGACAUUGAACAAAAGUUUGACAGGAACCUAUUCCCUUUUCUACCCAAACACAGACUGUGGGAAUUUGAAUAAAUGUGCAGGCUAAUUCAAAAUAAUACAUUACAAAUGAAGUAAUUUUAUAAAAUAUAUUAAAUCAGUUUUGUUUAAUUAAGCAUAAGUAUUUACACAGUUAACAUUUGCCUUAUUUUUAGUUAUCUACUUAUUUUUUAAAAACUGGGCUAUUAUUUUAGGAGAAAAUAUACCCUUAUAAUGGCCGAAAUUACUCUCAGAUAUAUGAAAACAACUUCCAUUGAUGUCAACAGAAGUUCCAUAUGCAUAUCCGAGGACAGAAUUUUAAAUUUAGAUUAGUCAUAAGUGUACGUUAUGUAUUUGCCUUAUUACAUUGGAAAAAACCACUGCUUCACACUCAAAACACCGUUUCAUUAUAGUGCCUGUUUUUAAUACCUUUGAUCUCCAGAUUUCUGAGAUAAGUGGGAAUAUGUUAAUUACAGUGAAAAAUCAUCUUUAGGAGGAAAAGAUUCCAUAAAUGUAAAUUAAAUAUAUUUUGUGCUCUUUUUAGGUCAUAUUCCAACUGAAGUACUACAGUAAAUUUUUUCUUUUCAUAAUGUUUGCAGGAUAUAAGAAUGUUUUAUUUACUUUUAAUUGGUGGCGAAAAAGGAAAAAUCCAAAUUUUUUUAGUGGUAUUCUAUCUGCUUUCUAACAUUUCAUCCCCUAGUUUACAUUAUAAUACUUUAUUUAGAGGCUUAAUAUUGAGUUAGUGCAUAAACAUCCUUCUGUUCCUGCUACCAACUGCAGAAUAUGUUUACCAUCAAGGUAAAAUGCUUUAAAAGCUAAACGUUUCAAUAAAAUAUACACUAAUUGUGGUCUAACUGCAAAUUUCAGUAGAGAGUUAGUAAAAUGAAGACAAUCAGCUUCCAGGAGUAAUUCCAUUUAGUUGAAAAAUAUUAAAUGAAGGAGCAACUGAAUUACAAGGCUAUAACUCUUUUAUAUUAAAGGUUUUAAAGCCCAGUAUUACUACUUGUUUAAAAGAACCCUAUCUAAAUAAAUGAGAGGGAAUAGAGUUGUAAGGCUAUGUCUACCGUUGGAUUGACGGUGCUGCGAUCGAUGCAUCGGGGCAGCGAUUUAGUGCAUCUAAAUCAACGGGAGAGUGCUCUCUGGUCGACUCUGGUACUCCACUGGGAACAAGAGGAGUAAGGUAAGUCGACGGGAGAGUGUUUCCUGUAGACGCAAUGCGGUGUAGACACCACAGUAAGUUGACCUAAGCUAUGUUGACUCUAGCUACGUUAUUCACAUAGCUGGACUAGCGUAACCUAGGCGACUUACUGCAGUAGUGUAGACAUAGCCUGAUACUAAGCAGGACAUGCCUUGUGUUAAUAGGUUAAUCAUCUGUUGUUUUAGCUGCCACCUGGCAGUGACAGCUAUAAUUAGGUUGCAUAACAUCUUCUGUUCUAACUCCCUGUUUUCACUGGUUGUAACUUUUUCAUACUCACCUUUUGAACUGAAAUUUUCCAGACUUGAUAUCUGCUUAAAAUGAAUUUUGUUAUGGAAACUUUUUGAGCAGAAACAGUUUGGCCUGUUUUCACUAUGAGGAUAGUGGAGGUGGGGGAAAUGAUUUGUCAAUAAAGAAGAAAAAUUGCAAGUUUUUUUCAGGUGAGAAAGGUGAAAUAUGGAAAGGAAAUAGUCAUAACUGAAGCUGUGCACAACAUUGUUCUGGAGCAAAAUGGGUUUGAUUUGACCAAAUGAGUGUUUGAAAAAUCACUAGCCCCUUCCUUUAGACUUAGGCAUUCUCCAUUGGGGGAAGGUUUUGGCUGAUGAGAUGCUGUGCUCCUGAGGAACUUAAGAACUUCACCAGCCCAGAGCUUUGUGUAGCUGCAGUGUUAAUAGUAUUCUGAUGAAUAUCAAUAAAGAGGUGAGAUCUAAACUGUGUCAACAUUUUUAAAUUUACAAGAACCAUUUCUAGACAGAAAAAUGUAGUGCAUUGUCUAGGUUUGGAUUAGUACAUUUGCACUGAUAGUAAAGUAUUUGUACAGUAGAAAUUCUUAGAGGAAUACUGUUUUGGUAUUGGGAGGAGCAGCACUAACCUGGAUUUACUGAUAUUCAUCAGAAUAUUUUUUUUAAAAAAUUGGUCUCUUUGUUACAAAGAGUCUUUACAGUCAAUAGGCCAGAUUCUCCAGCAUGUUAUAGCCCUUUUGCAUCAGUCUACCAAUGCCAAGGGUCAAUAAACCAUACGGCCAGUAUAAUGAGCUAUAUGACAGCCCUCAACCUAGGGAGUGUGACCAAAGCACCCUAACUGUCAUUCUCUGGCUGCCUGAACAGCCCAUGGGCUUUGCUCUAAGCUACACCAAAGUGAAGGGUGUACUGCAUCAAAGACAGAUCUAGCACUGGGAUCAGGGAGUUGGUAAUAGUUCUUGCCGACACCCCUCCUUAGCUUUGUCGGUUAUCUGUUUGAGAGUCUGGCUCUAGUACGGGGUGGGCAAACUUUUUGGGCUGAGGGCU